AUGGCCAUGUUAGCUUCCAAGUCGCCCUUUCCGGCACCUUUGAUCUCGAGUUCCAGCAUCUCCUCUUCAUCCGCACAACAACAACCGGGCAGCCAGUCAAGUAGAAGAGCUCCCGCGAUGCUGAAUUCAAGUCAAUCAUUUGCCAGUCCUACAGAGUCGGAGUUUUCCGAUAUGGACGGCCCAGAAUCAGCAAAGAACUGGGACGAGGAAAAGGUGUGCGAUUGGUUAAGGAGUAUCAACUGCGGCGACUAUGUCAAGUUAUUUAGGAAGAACAACAUCACGGGAGAGAAUCUGUUGGAGAUGGACAAGGCUGUACUUCAAGAGAUGGGCAUUGAGAAGAUUGGAGACCGCGUACGCCUGUUUUUGGGAAUCAAGAAAUUGAGAACCAAGGCAUACGCAAAUCAGAAGAAGAGGAAUCGGGACUCUUUUGCUGGAUUAGACGCGUAUACUCCCUCGUCCUCUGGAUCCCCCCGACCACCACACUCAAGUAACCGAUCGCUUCCCACCUCAGCAUCAUCGAAACGGUGGUCACAAUCACACAGUGCCGGUUUUGGUUUCAACCCACCAGCAGCCAUUCCCGAGAAUGUUGUUCAACCCACGUCCCGAUCAAGUUCUCCUGCCGCUGAAAUCCGAGCGGUUCGUGCAAACAGAGGUGGAAAUGCCAUGAGCCCACUCGAGACCGCUCGAACAGCAUACUUCAAUUCCACUGUUCCCCCAAGUGCUGGAACGUCAAGUAACUGGAGACCUGGUACCCCUGGUGACUCAACACCGCAAACAGCACGACCAAUCAAUGUUCACAAGAGAGCCGAGAGUGAUGGAUCUACAAUGGCAAAACUGCUUCCAGAGCAAGGUGUAGUAAGAGUCAUCUCAUCACAGGGCCAGUCCAAGGUAUUCGUUGUAAAGGACUGCAAUUCUUGUGAUGAGCUUAUGAGGAUGACAUUGAGGAAAUUCAACUACCGAGAAGAUCAUGAUAGAAAUUACUGCUUCUGGAUUCUGAAUGGACCGAAACCUGAUCCAAAGGCGUGUCGACGGCUAUCAGAUACCGAACUCUGGCAGAUCCUGAAAGACCCAAGGAGAGCCGAGCGAAAUCGACUGAUCCUUCGGAAAAUCCACGCUGGAGAGCCUGAAUUGGAUCAAUUACAACGAGCCGCUGCUAUCGCCAACGAAGAGAACACCACAAGUCGGGACAUCAACCUGGCAAAGUCCAAGAUCAACAAGAUGUUCCCGGAUGACGAUCAAACUCAACCACUCUCUCCAGCCUCAUUUCAGUCAACAGGAUCUACUAUGUCAUCAAGCGAACGAGCACGUAACUUUCAGAAUGCUAGUGAUGCCUUGACAGCUCGUGCACCAGCUGCCGAACAGGCCAGAGAAAGAGAUUCAACAAGACGAGGACCAAAAGCAGGAAAUGGAGGAGGCGUACUCCGACAAUUCUUCGGACAACGACCACCCAGCGAAUUGAUUACUUCGGAUUUGACUACCUACUUCCCAGAUCACCCACGGGAGGAGAUUGAUCGAACUGCCCGACUUUCGUUACGCAGAUCUACCCGACUGAGUAGGGUCAAUAGCCGAUUAAGUGUUGCAAGUAAUAUGAGCUUUGCUUCAAGUAUCGGGGAUGCUCCGCCGAUGCCAACCAUUGCCGAUACUUGGUUGAGUGGGAAUGGUGGUCAUGUUGCAAAGGUCAGACCAUUAGAUCUGAGUAGAGGUGGUAGUCAGCGGUAUCGGGAUUCAGUCGCAUCGUCAAUGCUUGAACCAUUACAGGAAGAGUCGCCAAUCGAACCUAACCGGAAGUCAUAUGUUUCCUUCGAUAGCGGGUCGGAUUCAACAAACGUCAAUGUCACCGAUCCAGAUGGACGUACUCAGAGUUAUUUCGAGGAGACAAGCACAGAGGCUUCCGGAUCAUUGCGAGAUAUCAAUCAAGCUUUAGAUGAUGAUGGAGAGGAUGCUGAUGAAGAACUCCAGAGUUUCUUAGCUGGUGAUUCUUGGGAUGACAGCAAGUGGAUGAAGGGUGCUCUUAUUGGACAAGGUUCCUUUGGUAGCGUCUACCUCGCUCUCCACGCAGUCACUGGAGAGUUGUUGGCCGUCAAACAAGUCGAGUCUCCGUCACCUGGAGUCAGCAGCGCCAAUGAUGCCAGAAAGAAGAGCAUGAUUGAUGCUCUCAAGCGUGAGAUCAGUCUUCUCCGCGACCUUCAACACCCAAACAUUGUGCAGUAUUUGGGUUGUAGUUCUUCGGCUGAACAUCUCAACAUUUUCUUGGAGUAUGUUCCUGGAGGAUCGGUUCAAACCAUGCUCAACUCCUAUGGUGCUCUUAGAGAGCCCCUCAUCCGAAGUUUCGUUCGCCAGAUUGUCACCGGUCUUGCCUAUCUUCACGGACGUGAUAUCAUUCAUCGUGAUAUCAAGGGAGCCAAUAUUUUGGUUGACAACAAGGGUGGUAUCAAGAUUUCUGAUUUCGGUAUUUCAAAGAAAAUGGAAGCUUCAAACAUUCUAACUGGAGCUGGUAACAACAAGAAUCGUCCUUCUCUUCAAGGUUCCGUCUUCUGGAUGGCCCCCGAAGUCGUCAAGCAAACUUCAUACACCAGAAAGGCCGACAUCUGGUCCCUCGGCUGUCUCGUCGUUGAGAUGAUGACCGGAACACAUCCUUUCCCAGAUUGUUCUCAGCUUCAAGCUAUCUUCAAGAUCGGUGGAGCAAAGAUCAGUCCAACGAUUCCCGAAAACGCCAGCGAUGAAGCAGUUACGUUCCUAAAACAAACCUUUGAGGUUGAGCAUGUAAAGAGACCUAGUGCCGAAGAGCUGUUGUUCAGUCCUUUCCUUAACCCUAUCACCUGA